AUGCUACGAUGCGAGCAGCCCCACACGCAACCGCUCCCUCUCUCUCUCUCUGCUGCAGCGCAUGCCAUCCUUCCAUCAUCCUUUCGCCUUCUUCUACCAUCUCUCUCUCUCUCUGUAACAAACCAUCACUGCGCUCCCCAUUUUUCAAAGCCGCGUUUCAUCUCUUCUCUCUCAAAGUCUGGCCCUUUUUGCACGUGUCCCGUACUCUUCUCCAUUUCCGAGUCUUAUCCAAAUAUGAAGCCAUCUUUGAUAAUAAUUGAAGAUAAAGAAGAACCUUGAUUUUUGCUGUCAUGGAGGUUAAGCCAUGGCAUGACAAGCUGCAGAGAGAGGUAUAUGAGAACUUUGCCGUUCUCUAUGCUAUAAUCAAAGCUACUGAAGAGCUGGAGAAGGCUCAUGUCCGGGACAUCGUCUUGCCAGCAGAGCGGAAACGUGAUUGCCAAAAGCAAAUUGCCCGCUUCAAAGCAUUGGCUUCCACACUCAAAACCACUGUUCCAAGCUUUGAGCGGUUCCACGAGGACCAUGACACCUACAAAAUGGAUUGCCUGGCAGCCUCAAAUUGCUUCAUCCUUUCAGGGGAUCCUGAAACAGUUGAAUACAGGGCAGCUGAAGCAAUGCCAGCCGCUAAUUUGGCUGCCUCUGUGGCGGAGUAUGCCCUGAACUUCAUUAUGGCAAUGGGUGUGUGGGAACUGAAUAUGGUUGCUAUCAGUCAGGUCCACCAAUUACCCUCAGAACUUUCUGCUUCAGUCAACAAGCUUACCAUCGUAGCCCCAGAUUUUGAGGUGAAGACAAACAUGGAGUGGAUUACGAGAUUUUUGAAGACGAGGGCAGCUAAUGAGUUGACAGAGAAGCAGGCUCGGCAGCUUCACUUUGAUUUGGAGUACAACCCGUCCAUGGCGGCAUUGCCCACUGCUGGGACUUGACCAACUGGGGUAAGCCUGUAAAUAAGCAGUCACGGUGUUGAUUUGCUUUUGCGGCUUGUUCAUAUAAUGAAGUUGCUUUUUUGGCAACUUGAUAGAACCUUGAUGAUUAUUUGAGGGGAUUGUGGCUCAUAUUGUGACACUUUUGUAUGCUGUCAUGUCGUUGGGGCUGGGAUUUUCAGUGCUUUAAGUGAUCAUUUCUGCUUAAUAAAAUUGUCUUUUGUUCAAAUCAUAGUGUAAAUUGGUCUUGCUUCUCGAUCUUUGAUCAUCAUUUUCUUGAUGUAUUUGGUGAUACCAUUAUAGCUUUUCAGUUUUUGGUCAUUUGAUAGCAUAUUAUGUGAUGCAAUUAUGUUAAUUUUACUCUAUGGAAAGAAGUUGCCUUGCCUUGUUGCUUUGAGAUCUUGGGUAUGUCCGUUUGUAUAAUUCACAAAGGUACAUGUGCUCGCUCAUAUUGGAUGAAACUGUGCCAAAGAAAGAGCAGCGGUUUACUGCAUCUUUGGGUUUAGUGACUAGAACUGGGUUAAUGAAUUUAAUGCUGUUAUUCCAAAACAUUGUAAUAGAAAUAAAUGGAACCGGCUUAUUUCAAGAAUGAAAUUGUGUUCUUGGAAGCAAAAGCUAGCUCCUGUAAGUUCAUUUUUUUGUUCAAAUAGGAGCUUUUAACUUAUUGCUCACUAGUACUUAUGCUCUUUCUAGUAUCGAAGAGAAUCACGUUUGUUGCAUGAUAUCCAUUAUUAGUGGUUCAAGUAUAUAUCUUACACCGAGAUACAUGAUGAGGGAAAGUAAUUACAAUUGAGAAGUUCCCUUUUCAGUAUGUGAUGUAAUGUAACACACUUUGUGAAACGCGGAAGGAUCUAACUACGCGCUUUAUGUAUGCACACAAAUAAGUAAUAUGCCUAUAUGUUACAACACUUAGGUUCUCUGGGCACUCCUCUAGUGCAAGCCAGCCCUCGAUUAUGGCGCCUUCCUACUUUGGAAACAACAAUGGUAGUAAGACGGGUAGAAGAAUGAGUACAACAAGGAUAAUUCCCAGGAUGAUGGCGUAGCAUGUCCACUUCCUCGAGCUCUUCUGGUAUUCCCUGGCCUCUUGAAGCUGCUCGGUCCCUCUUCUCACGAACGAACUUGCAUGUGCUACAUGGCUUUCAAUGCUAUUGAGGUGCUGCCCCUGAGCUUCCACAAGUGCAGCCAUGUCCAGGAACACCUGAUGCAGCUCGAGUAAAUUCUUCUCUAUCUCCUUCACUGCAUCAUGUCUUUCUUGAAUCUCUGAUAUGGUGUCAAGAAUCUGACCUCUGCCUUGUUCCUGAAUGGCCUUUUGUAGGAAACUUUCACUCUCGCCGCUUGCUAUCAAGUUUUCAAUCAUGUCUUCCUCAGGCUUCUCUCCGGUGAUUGUGAAAUACCUGCGCCCAACCGUUUCCUUGUAUUCAUCUGCCAUUUGGGUUCGCAAGGCCUGAAAAUCAUCCAUCAUGCCUUUGAGUUUCUUUCCCAAUCCGCUGACCACUGAAACCCUGGUACGAUCGGCAGAUGACCCCGGACCCUGACCGGGGAGUUUCCGGUGAGCCGCAUUCGACCGGUCAAGGGCUUCAAGCUUCUUCUUAAUGAUCUUGACCUGCUUCAGGACCUGUUCAACAUCUGAGUCCAUCUGGGCUCUGAGCUGUUUCAUGGUUUUGGCAUUGUGGACAGUCUUGCUCUUUUCAUUGGAUUCCUGCAAUUUCUUGUGCAAUUGCUCAACUAUUUUCAUGUCAUCUUUCACAUUCUCAACAUCCCGAAAGAAACUAUCAAGAUUAUCCUCCUCGUUUCCGGCUUGUCUCUCCACAUCAUCUUGGCAAGUCUGUUGCCUAAGAUCUGUGUACUUUUUGAAUGAACCCGAAAACAAAUCGUUCAUCUUGGCUACUAUUGUCUAUCAAUCUUCCUUCUGCAAAUUGGUCUUCCGUACCAUGAAUGAAACCCAGAUCGAACAAAGAGUCAAAGAGAACCCAAUCAAACUCUCUUCUUUUGCCAACUGAUUUUCUCUCUCUGUAAUAUUGUGCAUAAACACAGUAGAAGGAAGGAAAUUGGUUGGGAAGGAUGGUUUAGAAAACAACCCUGUCCCUGAGCUUGGUGGUAUUUUAUCUCCUGGCUGAUUUAUUUGAAGAUUCUGAUGGCUUUUGGCUUAAGCCUUAAUCACAUGUUGGAGAUUAUGUUUGGCCAAAGAAACCUAAAACUGAACCAAUGGGGUUAGCUAAAAUAGCUAAUGCCCCUAAAAACUUGGAACUUGGCAGGUACCCCUAAAAGUAGAAAUUAGUCUGACUUGGUCAUCCCUAUUCUUUCCUUCCAUUAACUAAGACAAUGUAUAUAUACACAUUUUCUUUGACCUCCAUUGUCUAUGGUUCUUUAUUUCUACUUUCUCCUUUUCCGUCCUAUCCAUUUUUCCUUCGUUGGAGGGGUUAAACCCAAUCUUAUCCAAGUUAUAAAUUAAAUUUGAGAUCUAGUAUUAAUUCAUAUUUUAUUUUGAUAGUUAGAAAUGAGUGUCACCUCCUAAUACAAGCUACCAUUUCAUCAACAAUGUAAUACGUAAAUUAAGAUUUAAUUAAACAACACUUUUUGAAGAUUAUUUAAUACGUAAAUCAAAAUUGAUUUCCAAAGCUUUUAUGUUUUUUUUUUUAUAAAACUAAAUAUAGCUUAUAACUUGUACAUGUCUAAUGAGCUAAUGACUUCAACUUUCAAUCUCUUAGUUCCAAGUUAUUUUCCAUACAUAGAUAAUGAAGAUAUAAUUUAUGGGAUUAUCACGAAACUUAGGAACAGAUAAACCAAUAAUAAAAAUAAGUGCUUUUUAUAAUUCAAAGACCACUCAGUUGUCAGUUCAUCUAUAUCCCCCAAGUCAAGUCAAGUUGCAUGUACAAUUACCAAUUUUGACAAGAAUAGAAAUAACUCAGAAGGAGACGCUAGGAUAAAUUACAACAUAUCUAUACACUAUAUAUGUAUAUAUAACAUUCUAUAAAAUUAAACUGACAUCUCUCAGUCAAAUGUUAAUAAGGAAUACAUAAAAUUUUAUAACUUCAAAGAUACUUCAUAGUAUAUAUCUAACCUCAAAAGAUACUUUGACACCACAGUGUAUUUUGGCAAAGACAGCCACGGAGUUAAAAUAUACCUGCAAGCAAGCAAUUCCUUUGCCGGGAAAAAGCGAAAGGGAGAAGUAAAAGCAGAGUUUAGCAACAAAAAAAAAA